UUCGAAAGGGCACUUUCGUGUGUUGGCGACAUCAUGGUGUCAUCGACAGACUUCCCACGUAUAGUUUGCUGUGGAUACAAUUCACUUGACUUGACAGUGGGUUGGAUUGCAUGUCGGCAAACCUUCGUUUUUUUCUGGCGUUGGCCUCGCAGUCCAUCGCACACUUUUCAAAUGAUGGCAGGCACGCCAAAACCCACACCCUUGCUCGGGCCAUCGUCAUCAUCGACGAUCAUCGCACCGACGUUUGACUUGCCUGUGCCUCUCCUCCUUCCCACUCCAAAGUCUGUAGUCAAAGACCGCAGCCUCCCCCAGAGCCCCAAGUCCCCCGUCAAGAAACGCAAUGUCGGUGUGCCAAAGUUCCUACGGUUCUUGUAUGAAAUCCUGGAGAAGGAGGACAAAAGUAUCAUUUGUUGGUCGCACAAGGGCACUGCGUUCCAAAUUCGCCGCCCCGACGCGCUCUCCAAGGGCAUCCUGCCGCGGUACUUUAAGCACAACAAAGUGUCGAGCUUUCAACGCCAGCUCAACUAUUUUGGGUUCAAAAAGUGGACCAAAACCCAGACGGUCGUGUGCACGUUUAGCCACCCAAACUUUGUCCACCACAAGCCCGACAACAUUAAACUGAUCAAGCGAAAGGAGCGAGGGCUGAACGAGGGUGGCAGUGGAUUGUCCGCCCCAGUCAAGCACAACAAAAUCACAUCCUCAUCGACAUCGUCACUUCGAGCGCCCCCUCCCCCCGCCUACAACUGGUCCUUUCCGUCCAUGCCCAUCUUGUCCACAUCGACGUUGCUUCCACAACAGCCGUAUGACGUGUUCCUGUACGAUAACACCACGUUUCUGGACAAGCGACCCACGAUUCAUCCUGACACAACGGCAUACCACAAUAUUAUGCCGAUGCAAAUCUUGUCGACUCAGAUCCACGUCGGCGAUGCGUUGGGUCCGUCCUCCACAGACUGCUGGGGGGAUGUGCUCAGUCUUGGGACCGCCGACCCGUCGCAGCAACCACACAACGCCACCCUCUCCACCAAUACCAUCCUGUGCAGUAGCACCACCAAACACACCAAUGGGGACGAUCCGGCAUCGUACUUUGACUUGUGGGAAGAAGACUGCAUGACCGAGUCAUCGCCGAUACCAGCAACAAACGCCACGGUCGGCCCGUACACCCAAGCCAUCUACGGCGACCAUGGACUGGAUAUAAUCAAACACGAAGACGACAUGUACCAUACUGCAGGACCCAACAUGACAUUUGACCCGCCGUCGUCGCUGAGUCGAUUUUACGUUGACGCGUGAUGUCGUAGUUGUUUUGUCAAGUUUUGUAUUAAUAUCACCGCCCUUACCAUCUGCACA